AUAUAAAUACAAUUUCCACGUAAGACUAAACUCUAAUUUGUAUUUGAAGUGAAAAACAUAAAUUUGUACCUUACAAACAAGAAAGAAAGAAAGAAGAAAAAGAAACAAGAGAAUGCAAAAUGAGUUCAAAAACAACGCUAUGGAGCAAUGCAGAAAGAAAAUGCUUCCACUUACUUCAAUCCAAAACCAAAACCUUCAAAACACUUCUUCAAAUCCACGCUUUCAUUAUCUGUAACUCUCUUCACAACAAUCUCAACCUCCUUACAAACUUCAUCUCAUCUUCCACUUCCCUCGCUUCCUCUUCCUCUCGCAAACACGACGCCGUUUCAAUCGUCCAACACGCUCGCCGUUUUUUCGAUUUCACUCCCACCCAUAUCCGCGACGAGUUUCUCUGUAACACCAUCAUCAAUGCCCAUUUCUCAAUUCGUCAAUUUGAUCAGUCUUUUACUCUCUACAGAGACUCUUUUAGAGGGGAUUUUGUUCCUAGUUCUUAUACUUUUAAUUUGGUUUUAAAGGGUUGUGGUGUUUGUAUGGCUUUGAGAGAAGGUUUGGAGGUUCAUUGUGUUGUUUUGAAAAAUGGGUUUUGUGCUGAUUUGUAUGUUGGGACUUCUUUGGUUGAUAUGUAUGUGAAAUUUGGUUUUUUGGGUAGUGCUAGGAAGGUGUUUGAUGAAAUGUCUGUGAGAAGUUUGGUUUCUUGGACUGCUGUUAUUGUUGGGUAUGCUAGGUGUGGGGAUAUGAGUGAGGCCAGGAAGCUUUUUGAUGUUAUGCCUGAUAGAGAUAUUGCUGCUUUUAAUGCUAUGAUUGAUGGGUAUGUUAAAAUGGGGUGUAUGGAUUUGGCGAGGGAAUUGUUUGAUAAGAUGAAGGAUAAGAAUGUUAUUUCUUGGACUAGUAUGGUUCACGGUUAUUGUGAGGAUGGUGAUGUUGUGGCGGCUAGGUUUAUGUUUGAUUGUAUGCCUGUCAAGAAUGUGCUUAGUUGGAAUGCGAUGAUCAGGGGAUAUUGUGAGAAUAGACGACCGCACGAUGCGUUGAAGUUGUUUUGCGAAAUGAGGGGAAGUUUGGAUAUGGAAAUGAAUAAAGUGACGGUUGUGAGUGUUCUUCCUGCUGUUGCUGAUUUGAGUGCUUUGGAUUUGGGUGUUUGGAUUCAUGGGUUUGUGCAAAGGAACCGACUUGAUGAAGAUGUUCAUGUGUGUAAUGCUUUGGUUGAUAUGUAUGCAAAAUGUGGGGAAAUUGGAAAAGCUAAAUUGCUUUUUGAGGAGAUGAAUGAAAAAGAUACAUCGUCGUGGAAUGCUUUGAUAAAUGGUUAUGGUGUAAAUGGUUGUGCGAAGGAAGCGCUGGAAGUAUUUGCAGCGAUGUUACGGGAAGGAUUUGAACCGAAUGAGAUAACAAUGACUAGUGUGUUAUCUGCUUGCAACCAUUGUGGUUUGGUAGAGGAAGGAAGAAGAUGCUUCAAAGAAAUGGAGAGAUUUGGAAUUGUGCCUCAGAUUGAGCAUUAUGGUUGUAUGAUUGACCUUCUAGGAAGGGCUGGAUGCUUGGAUGAGGCUGAAAAUUUGAUUUGCACCAUGCCUUACGAUCCUAACGAGAUAAUAUUGACUUCGUUUCUAUUUGCUUGUUGUUACUUUGAAGACGUUUCGAGGGCUGAAAGAGUGCUAAAAGAGGCGGUGAAAUUGGAGAAGGAAGGUGCCGGUGACUAUGUGAUGUUGAGAAAUUUGUAUGCUGCGGAACGACGAUGGACAGACGUGGAGGAUGUUAAACAAAUGAUGAAGAAAAGAGGAUCAAAUAAAGAGGUUGCUUGGAGUGUUAUUGAGGUUGAUGGCAGCUUUAGAGAGUUUGUGGCUGGUUAUUACUUGCAUUCACAACUGGAGGUUAUUCAGUUAACCUUGGGACAGUUAUGGAAGCACAUGAAAGUUGAAACAAUUUAUUGAAGUACAAGUAAUUAAAUAGGGUCUUGUUAUACACUAGUUCACAAAUCACAAUUACAUGGCAAUGUUUUGCGAUAACAUUUCAUGUUUUGCGAUAACAUUUCCUCUCUCUAUAAAAAGGCAUAAUUUAUACUUUUGUGAAAGGAACCUUUCUCUAUUUUUAAAGUGGUUUUUCUUCUCUAUGUAAUGAAAGUUUAUUUUCCCUUUAAUUACCUCCCUUUUCUUUGCACUA